AUGCGCGACAGAGAACUCGAGGCUCGACCAUUCUUUAUAGGCGACAUACAUGGGCGACAGAGACUACGCGAAGUGGCAGUCGGUCGGUGGCACAACGAAGUCACCGACCGUUUCAAAAAGCACCAAAAGGACAUCCAGUGGAAAGUGGGCCAGUCCAGCGCCACCCAAGCAGCGUCACACUUGGAGCUCCCUCACGAGCUCGGUGAUGGAAUAGCAGACCCGUCUGAUGUCGAGCUCAUCAUCAUGGCUGCAGAUAAGGAGUCGCGACAGGUGCUGGAUGCUCUAGACGCCCGGUUCCCCCAGGCGACAAAGAUCGGCAUAGUCGGCUCGCAAACGCCAUUUUUGAACGGUCAAGAGUAUACUUUGUUAGGCAAUGCGGGCAUGGAAGACAGCGGCGUAAUCGGAUUUGCCUUUGUGCGCGCCCAAGGCAGGCCGACUCGCAGCGCAUGCGCCGUUGAGCAGAUACAGGUCACACAUGGAGGCCUCGAGGCCAUCAGCGACACACUCGAGAUUAAGCGGAGUAAGGGCAAUGUCGUGUUGGAGGUUGAGGACGGUGAGGCUGCUCAUCUGCUGAUUGCCAGUGUGCGCAAGCGGCGCAUGACUGCUGGGGAUGUUGUCCUGGAUGACCGCCUGUUUGCAAAAAUUACUGGCAGCAAAGUCGCUGGCUCUGUUGAUUGCGCUGUAUUCCAAGUGACCGGAGGCGAUCCGGCCAAGGGCGGGCUGGCGAUCGACACGCUGCAAGACAUUGCGCCGGGCCAGUUCAUACAGUUUAUGAUGGCGGCACGUCCUCCAGCAGAAAACAAUGCAGCUACUGUGCAGUCGGUCCUGAAGGAUAAUGUCGAUUCUGCAAGCGUGGCUGUGCGGUUUGGCGCGGCCGACUUCUCUGGCAUGGAGUUCCAGGAAGAGGCACCAGUGCUGGUCUCGAGCAGCAGUUCUUCGUCCACUUUUGUUUUUGGCGGCGUCACUGAGGGCGGCUUCAUCUACGGGGCACCCAGCGCACCAGCGAUGGUUGGUACCGCUCGUGCCGCUAAUGGUUCAGUGUUUUCUGGGUCUACCGAAUGCGCGGUUCCAGGAAGUACGGUGGACUACGUGCUUCAGCCUUGA